AAUGUUAAUCGACCCCGACGUCACCCUUAGGCCUCUUUCUGAUAUUCACUCAACCUCCGUUGUUGUCAAAAUUCAUCGAAUCAAAACAAAACAAACACGAAAACGGUGGUUGACAGAACAAAUCUCCCUUCACGCGUUUUCCCCGUUCUUUUAAGAUCCACCGACCGACCGACCGCCGGUCACCGCUCCUUUCUCGGCCACAUGCAUAUCGCCAUUGAAGGUUGCACUCAUGGGGCCCUGGACGAGACAUACGCCGCCAUUGCCGAGUGUCAGGCUCAAACGGGCCAGAAAAUCGAUCUCUUGCUGUGUUGCGGCGAUUUUCAAUCCGUCCGCAAUCUCCGGGAUCUUCAAUGUAUGGCCGUCCCCGACAAGUACAAGGACAUGUGCUCGUUCUACAAGUACUACUCGGGCGAAAAAGUGGCGCCGAUCCUGACCCUCUUCAUUGGCGGCAAUCAUGAAGCCAGUAAUGUCUUGCAAGAACUACCCUAUGGGGGUUGGGUGGCGCCCAAUAUCUACUAUCUAGGUUAUGCCGGGGUUUUGAAUGUGGGCGGGGUGCGGAUUGGCGGAUUAUCCGGGAUUUAUAACGGCCACAACUAUCUCAAAGGCCACUUUGAACGCCCACCUUAUGACCGUAGUACGCAAAGGAGCGCUUAUCAUGUCCGCAAUUUGGAGGCGUUUCGCUUGAAGCAGUUGGCUCCGGAUCCGCCGCAGAUUCUAAUGAGUCAUGAUUGGCCGGAAGAUGCCGAUAAAUUUGGCAAUCUUGAGCAGCUCCUCCGAUUCAAGCCCCAUUUCCGGGACGAUGUCCAGGCCCACAAACUGGGAUCUCGACCCGCUCGCGAAAUUCUGGACAUCGUUCAACCUGAGUAUUGGUUCUCGGGUCACUUGCAUUGUAAAUACGCGGCCGUGAUCGAGCAUGACGGCGGUCAAAGCACCAAGUUCUUGGCCUUGGACAAAUGCUUACCUCGACGACGGUUUCUUCAGAUUUUGAGCGUGGGCUCGGACAUCGAGCACGAGGAAGUGCCUCUUGAAUACGACCCGGCUUGGUUGGCUAUCCUCAAAUCCACCAAUCACCUCCUUUCCGUCACGAACCGCACCCAGCACAUGCCUGGGCCGGGUUAUAACGAUCGGUACGAUUUCCAGCCCACGGCGGAGGAGAUUCAAGCCGUGGAACGCCUCUUUGAAGGGGAUUUCCGGGUCCCCAAGAACUUUCAGAAAUCCGCGCCCGCCUUUGAUCCUGAGCACGAGAGCCUCCGAGAUUUGCGACAUACCGGUCAGUCGGAAUUCGAGCUCAAUCCCCAAACGGUAGCCUUCACGGAGAAGCUACAAAUCGCCAACCCGGUGGCCAUGCUUAUGUCCCAAUCAGAAAUCCGGGAGCAAUCCCAAGUGCCCAUGGAGUUGAACUCCACCACGAUCAAUGAGGAUGAAAUUCCUUUGGGGGAUGAUGAUGAUGAUGAUGACGACGACGACGACGACGAUGGUGAUGAUGUCAAAGACGAGAAAAGUGAACCGCUGAGAAAGUCCUUGAUUCUCCCAGCCCCGAAAUUUGAAGCGGCUUCCUCGAAUUCCGUGGAUGAGGUCAAGAGCUCAGACAACGGAGAAUGUGCAUUCAUUAUCGAUACUCAAGGCGAGGUUGAUCGUUCCAUUGGGGAUGCACCCACGCCCAGAUGGCCCAAGUCAAUCUUCAAGAUCAUGUUAUAAAGGGUAUUCCUGAGUUAGGUUUCUACAUUCCGGAGUUCAUCACGAUCCAACGUGAGAAGUACCUCUUGCACGAAAUAAGCAAAAUAUCGAAGGUCAAAUGGCAACAACUCUCAAAUCGUCGCCUCCUCAACUUUGGCACGCAAUCG